AUGCGCAGGAAGCAUGCAGCCGCGGCGCGGAACAUCGCCUAUCGGCACAGACGUCGCAGUCCACGACAGGGUGCUGUGAAGACCGCUGCCAAGAUUUCUUACAACUCUCUUUCGGGGACUCAGAUCCGUCGUUUGCGCAUCAAGCCUGGCAGGGAGAGGGUAAAGUGCCAGCUUCGCACCGUCGACAAUAUACGCAGGAGGCAUGCAGCCGCGGCGCGGAACAUCGCCUAUCGGCACAGACGUCGCAGUCCACGACAGGGUGCUGUGAAGACCGUUGCCAAGAUUUCUUACAACUCUCUUUCGGGGACUCAGAUCCGUCUUUUGCGCAUCAAGCCUGGCGGGGGCAGGGUAAAGUGCCACCUUCGCACCGUCUACCUCAGCGAAGACCCACGAUACCAUGCACUGUCCUACGUGUGGGGUGACUCAAAAGAUAUGCAAUUGAUAAAAGUCAACGGGUCGUUAUUUCCGGUCACAGUCAAUCUGUAUGACGCAUUAAUCGCAUUCCGGGACAUGCCCGCCGACAAUAUCCUCUCGCCACCUUUCCUCAUCUGGGUUGAUGCCAUUUGUAUCAAUCAGCACGACGAGAAGGAGAAGAACCGACAGAUUCCACGUAUAGGACACAUCUAUGCUGCAGCGGAGCGGGUCAUUAUCUGGCUGUCUUCUUACAUCCCGUGGUGGUCUGAUCAAACCGAUUUACAUACGGGAUUCUUUCACCAUCAAGCAAACACAAGGCCAUCCUGGCCUGACUUGGGCAAAAGUGAAGUCACCACCGCCGAAGAUGCAAUAGUGGAAUUUGAUCAUUUAUUCACAAGUUUUCAACGACAUCCUUGGUUUUCUCGAAUCUGGACUGUACAGGAGGCUGUGCUCACAAACAGAUCCCCCAUCUUUGCCCACGCCUUGGAUGGAUUCGUCUGCACUGCGACACUUGACUGGAUCGAUGGACUCGCGAGAGAAAUGAAGCACUCUGAUCACGGGCUUGCAUGGGAUAACUUAGUGAAAAUGAGAUCAUGGGCGCAGCAAUCGCACUUGUCACGGGACCUGAUGGAUGAAACUGCCGGUUCAAUGCUUGUGAUGCUCUUGGGCCUUACCAAGCUGAAAACGUCUUCCAUUCUGCAAGAUCGCAUCUACGGGCUCUACGGUCUACUGCAGACUUUAAACACUCGGUUUCCUGAAUUGCGGUUGCCUCUUGUCGAUUACAGUCGCCCCCCUGGACAGGUUUUCACCGAUAUCACCAAACUCAUUAUUAAACACACCGGCGACUCCAUGUUCAUAAAAGAAGCGUCCUAUGGGCGUCGGGUGCCCGAAGCCCCUACCUGGGUGCCAGACUUCUACUUCAUAUCUUCUAAAUCCCGAUUCAUCCCAUUUUCGGAUCAACCACCGGAGCUUUCAGACGAUGGUAAGGUGCUCAUCGUCACUGCGAAAAUAAUCGACUUCUGUGAGAUUGUUACUCCUGUCAAGGCGUACACAUACAUGGCUACAUUCGAGGACAAAAAGAUGGCAGUCAUCGAACGCAUCAAAGAAAUCGAAGACAUGAUCGUUAGACCAUUGCUGUCUCGUCGUUUUGUGGAUUUUGAAUGCUUUUGGCCAGCCGUGUUGUCGAAUGUCGACUUCAAAACUCUUGUCAAGGUCCGCGAGGCUGAGUUUGAUGGCGCAGAGUGGCUCAGCAAUGAGCGAGUAAGGGACUUGCAAGCAGCACUCGAGCAAUCUCGUUUCUUUUCCACCAAAGAGGGCUAUAUUGGUAGAUGUAGUGAUGACGUACCAUGCCAAUCUGGGGACGUCAUAUGUGUCACGUCGGCGAGGGAACCGUUCAUAAUUCGCAGUAGAAAUGCUAGCGAUCAGUACGAAGUGAUUGGGCCAGUGAGUUGGUAUGAAUAUGGGCUCAAAACCCUUGAUAGGGGGACUUUCAACCGUAUCCAGCUGAUAUAG